AUGGACACGGACUUCGACGAUCUGCUCGACACCAGCAACGUCGACUUCGAUGAGCAUGGCGGGCUCGGAAUGAUGCUCUCGGCGGCCGAGGAGAACAAUUUGUGGAAUUUCGAUUCGUUCGUUGACACCAAUUUCACACCCGAUGAAUUUUGCGAUGAUCUCGUUUCGAAGUUGGACUCGCUUCAAGACGAGCCCGAUCACGCGUACGCGGCGCCGUUGUCGCCGGUCGGCUCGUUGGCGUUGAGCCACGCGAGCACAUCGCCGUCGAGCUAUCAUAGUUCGAGCGGCUCCGAGGACGCCUAUCACGUCGACAUUCUUCAGCAGGCGAGCGACGAGAUAUUCAAAUUGCCGAAAGAGGAAGACGAUUUCGACGCUCAAUUCUGUCAGAGCGGUGCCCUUCACGCUUUCAAUUUGCCGAAGCCGUCGCAACCGAAACAAGUCCAUCAUCAGCAGCAGCAACAGCAACAAAUCAAACGCGUCGUCAAUUAUAACAGUUCGAACAUUGUGCGAUUCAAAGCCACUAAUCCGCGUGCGAUCAAUCCGGCCCACAUCUCUUUGAACUCGCCGACGACCUACAGUACAACGACUCCGUCGGCUGCGCAAACCACACCGACGACGUUCUUGAAAACUCAAGGCGGUGAACGACGCAAAUACCCGCAACUCACACUGACCGAUGAGGAGAAACGACUAUGCAAAAAAGAGGGAAUCGUGCUUCCCGAUUACUAUCCGCUCACAAAAGCCGAAGAGCGCGAUUUGAAGCGAAUUCGCCGAAAGAUUCGAAAUAAGAGAAGUGCACAAACCAGUCGAAAACGAAAACAGGAUUACAUUGAGCAACUCGAGGAUCGCGUCAAGGAUUGCACCAGCGAGAAUCAACAGCUCAAAGCUCAAGUCGAGCUCCUACAAAAAGAGAACCAGUCGGUUAUGGCGCAGCUUCGGAAGCUUCAAGCCGCACUUGGUCAAAGUGCGAAGCGCAGCACCCAGGCUGGAACUUGUCUUGCCGUCCUCAUGCUGUCCGCGUGCCUUCUCGUCGCGCCGCACCUCAAUCCGUUGACGAGAGAACACGCGCAACAGGCGCUGGAAUGCCAGGAGGACGCUUGCCAGCAGCCGACCAACCCGGUGACGGGAGCUGCUGCCCAGGCGGCAGCGGCGGCAGCAGCGCAGAACGCUGCUCAGAAGCCGGCCGCUCCAGCGGCCAUCAACAAAUCGCUGCUCAUUGAGAGCAACAACCACUAUCGACGGAUCGGCGAAAUCGCGCCGCCGGUCGUCUCGAAGAAGGCGCAAGCGGCGGCGCGCACAUCGCGUACCCUUGGCGCCUCGUUCGACGAUGGUGGCGCCACCAAUGAUUGUAUGAAUAUGCCGCCAUUGGCGCCGAUGACGAAGCCGGUCGUCAGGAAGGUCAAUCGGGUGGCGUACACGACGCGUCCGCCGCAACAAAAAGUUCAGUAUGUGGCCGUCGAGAGACCAAUCAAAUACGAAAUUUAUACUGCUGCUAAACACGAACUACCAACAAUGUACUCGACGCCGACGCUGACGCCAGUGCAGUCGCAACAGCAGCAGAGGCAUCACACGAUUGUGCAGAAUGUCUCGAGACAAGCGCGACCCUACACUGGUCCAACUGCCGGAGUGCCGCCAGUCAAACGCUUCAAAGGACAAAAGAAUCGAGAUAGCACUGGAGAUCAGCUAAUCGACGUCUUUGCUUAUAGUCUUCGCUCAUUCUGUAGAAAAGAAGCCCAUUCCUGCAAGAAGGAAUGUCAAGUGUGGCUAGCCAAUUUAGAGAUUGAGAGAGCUCAUGAAUAUUUUGUGCUCGACGAGACCUCAUUAUGUGCGUGUAUUAAGCCAAAUGAUAGUAACAUCAGUUUUGAUUUUGAACCUAAACGAGCUAUACAGCAGCUAAGAGCUUGUGGAGUAUUAGAGACUGUCAGAAUUUCGGCAGAAGGAUUUCCGUCGAGGUAUCCGUUUGAUGAAUUGUCUCGUCGCUAUCGUGUACUUCACACCAAAGAGAGAGAGCGAUGUGGCGAGAUGAGCCUCGUAGAUUUGGCGAAGUUACAUGUUCCCAAUGGCUUGAGAAUGGAAAAUAUACACUUGGUGAAACGAAAAUCUUCUUGCGGACCGAAAAGAAGAAUGAAGUAUUUGCAAAUGCAUAGAGUUGUUUUUGUAAUCCAAUCAGCAGUCAGAGGUUUUAUUCAAAGAAGGAAGCAUGAGAAGAUUCCCUCAUCAGUGAUCGCGAUUCAGGCCGCAUACAGAGGGGGGGAUUGGAUGGUUUAG